UAGGACCCGGCGUUCAAACCACCACACUGCAGACGCAGGAGCAGAACACAAUAAAAUCCAUCCGUCUCCUUCCCCUUGUUCACCAAACCAAACCGAAGCCGCGCUCCACUCCACUCCACUGCUCCCCUCCCCCGGCCAAUCAGCUAUGCUCGCCCACCGCCGCCUCCUCCUCCUCCUCCUCGCCGCCGCGGCUGCGGCGACGGGCGGCACCGCCUUCGCUAAGAAAACGGCGUACGAAGUCCUCGCCGACUACGACUUCCCGCCGGGGAUCCUCCCCAAGGGCGUGGUCUCCUAUACGCUCGACAACGCCACGGGCGCCUUCACGGCCACGCUCGAUGGAUCCUCCUCCUGCGAGUUCUCCAUCGAGGGCUCCUACACUCUCCGCUACAAGACCGAGAUCACCGGCACCAUCGCCACCGACCACCUCACCGACCUCGAGGGCGUCUCCGUCAAGGUCCUCCUCUUCUGGCUCGACAUCGUCGAGGUCACCCGCAGCGGCGACAGCCUCGAGUUCUCCAUCGGCAUCGUCUCCGCCGACUUCGGGAUCGACAACUUCCUCGAGAGCCCCACCUGCGGCUGCGGCUUCGACUGCGACGACCGGCUCGUGCUCCAGAAGCAGCCGGGGGGCGCCACAGCCAAGCUGCGCCUGCGAGGUGCCUUCUAGAAUUCCAUUUCGGUGUGACUGCUGCUGCAAGCUGCCACUACUAGCUAGUAGUGCUAUAUGUCUUAGUAAAUGUGGGUUAAUAAAGAGGGCAAACUUCAAAAUCCCAGCUUUUAGAUGUGGGAUGGAGUGAAGUUCCAGACUUGGUUUCAUGUUUCAUCAACUGUUUCAGACAGUUUUAGGAACGGUCAGAGAAGCAAUUAAGAUCAUUCAAAUAUUUUAAUUUAUAAAUAUCUAUACGGAAAUUGUCUUCUUUAGUUA